UACAUCCGUUAGCAGCCUCCUCCUCUUUCCAUCAUGGCUCCGUCGCUGGACAGGCAGGGAUACUGGGGGCAGCCGACCUCAACGCUGGACUGGUGUGAAGAAAAUUAUGUCGCCUCUUUUUAUAUCGCAGAAUUUUGGAACACUGUCAGCAACCUGAUUAUGAUUCUUCCUCCAAUCUAUGGAGCCAUCCAGACGUUUCGUGAUGGCCUGGAGUUUCGUUAUGUCUGCUCUUUCCUCGGACUGGCAGCUGUCGGCGUUGGAUCCUGGUGCUUCCACAUGACGCUGCUGUAUGAGAUGCAGUUACUGGACGAGUUGCCAAUGAUUUACAGCACAUGCGUUUUUGUCUACUGUCUAUACGAGUGCUUCAAACAAGAGAACAGCCUCAGUUUAUUUCCUAUUGCAUUGUUAUUCAUCUUCAGUGUCUCGGUCACUGUGGUGUACCUGCAGUGGAAGGAGCCAGUGUUUCAUCAGGUCAUGUAUGGUGCUUUAGUAGCCUGCCUGGUGAUGAGAUCAAUCUUCAUUGUAACAUGGGUGUACCCAUGGCUCAAACCUCUAUGUUACACCUCCUUAGGUAUCUUUCUGUUAGGUUUUCUACUGUGGAACAUUGACAAUAUCUUCUGUAACUCAAUAAGAGCCAGUAGACACACACUGCCCUCUGGUGUUGGAGUAGUAACACAGUUCCACGCCUGGUGGCACAUCUUCACAGGCCUGGGAUCAUACUUGCACAUACUUCUCAGUCUGCAGAUCAGAUCAACCUACCUCAAGUACAGACCAAAAGUAAAGUUUAUCUGUGGAGUUUGGCCUGCACUGCACAUUGACCCACAGAAGACAAGCUGAGAUUAAGGGACAAGGACCAACUGAAGGAUGGUGACUGCCUCACCCAGACACCAUCGGCACAAGGACCUGCCAAUGCCUCUCUGCCAGUGCUAGGGACUCUGCCACAGCCAGGGGGCAGUAUGGACCUCAAGGCACCAACCCAGGGAACCUUCGGUUCGGCUCUAUGGGGAUUUACUAAGUACAGUAUAGCACUGACUCCAGUUUUAAGAAAUGGAAGCUUUUUUUUUCAUCACUAAUAAUUUAUUAGAUUAGCUUUUCUGUAAUUUUUAUUGAAGUGUAAUCAUUUUAUUUGGUCCUUCAGUUCAAAAACCAAUAUGAUGUGUAGUCCACUGCAGUGGUUAAUGUUGAAGGGGUUAUGGAUGCUAUUUUAGAGUUUUUUAUUUUGGGGUUUUGGGAAAAGGGGGAACCAGUGUCAAUUUAGAAUUCACAAUUAGCGUAUUAAUCGUUGUAUGUUCGAUUCUGUGGAUAUUUGAAUCUACUAAGCCUAAAGAUUUUUAAAUCCUUAAUGAAGAAUAAUGCUUCUAUGUAGAUUUACAAGUAGCUGAGGGAGCUAUUCUUACAACACAGUGUUGUUAUAUCCCUUUUUAAGGAGUGUCAUUGUUCUUGGAUGUGCGCACUAUAUAUGGGAUUUAAACUACCAGCUAGAAAGUAAUACUGUGUCAUUGUAGCUCAGCAUUCAUGACUAGAAAAUCUUCAUAACUUUGCUCGGCCACAGGCUUCAUUUUCAUUUGAAAACAUUCUUACUUGAAAACAUGCCAAGACUGGAAUUAUUCAUUUCUUAUUUAUAUACAUAUAUAUAUAUAUCAUUUUUUGCCAAAGUUGCUCUGAGAUGUAAAACAGUGGUGUAAUGGGAGAGACAUACAUGUUUUACCUCACUAUUAACAAGCAAGAGAAGAAAUGCUUUGUUACAUAUCAUCUUAAUAUUGACUUUAAAUUUUUAGUAGAACAGGGUUAAAAAUGCUGCCCAAUAAAGAGAGCAGUCACUUUAUAUAUCAAAUAUCAUAGUCUGCAACAUGACACUCACACAAUCAGAUUUGUGAAGCAGUACAAUUUUACAGCCAGGGUUUUGUAGGUUUAGAAAACACUUUGUCAGGAUUUGAGCAGCAUCUGAAGGGUCUGAUCAGGAGCUUAUAAUGUAAACAAGUAGAAAUAUUACUGGAAAUCAUUCAAAUGACUUGGCUUGUCUAUGAUUGAUCACAAAACAUUAUCACCAUUGUUGGGUAUCUGUACAGAUAACUUGAGAGUAAUGAGACCUCAAAUGCUGAUAGUUUAAACCCAGCUGACAAAGAUAAGCAAAUUUUAAUUGUCAUUGUUCCAAUUCAGUCAACGGACCAAUUAAAUGAACGAAGCAUGCCCGGAUUAUUCUGUCUUCAUAAAGUGCAGGGAAUGUGGUGCUAAACACAGUCAGUUGUGGGUAGCUUUUUAUCUCCUGUUUCGAUACACUAAAUUCCCUUAAUAUCAGUUGUCAUGAUGUAGUUAGAGUGAUGUGAUUGAGCCCUCAUUACUUAUUAGAAACAUAUUUGAAUUAAAAGAAGAUGAAUCCUUUUUAUCUUUAGGUAUUUAUAACAUCUCCCCUACAAACUGCUGCAUUUAAUUUAUUACUCUUAUUUAUAGUUCUCUUUCAUUUAUCUAUGCCAGGCACAUAACGCUGUAAAUCCUUGUAAAAUAUAUUCAUCAAACAACCACUAGGUGACACAAAUGUCCAGCUUAUUUCAGACAUUGCCAAAUAUGCCAGAGUGCAUUGAGGAACUACCUACCUACUGUAGAGCUUAAAGAAUAAUUGCCUCAGUUUUCAUGUACUGCAUUUGUGCUGUGAAUUGAAAGGUUUUUUUCAUUUGUAUUUGAAAGGUUUGUUUUGCUACUGUGAAAUAGCAGAUCUGUAAAGGUAACAACAGAACCUCAAGCUUAAAGUAACUGGAAGAUGCGCAACAUUGUUGUUGUAUGGAGAUGUUGUAUUUGUGUGGCCUACUACAGUAAACUGCUGUGUGCCGGACAACAUGCAGUUCAUUAUGCACCGACUCAUAUGCUUGGGUACAACAACCCAGUGUUGCAAACAUUCAUAAGCACAAUGUAUGAAAGAUAAGUAUUAACAUGAUUCAAAUGUUUAUGUCUCAAUGUAUGUUAUUAUCUUGUAGUUACUGCUCAUCGGUAGAACAGCAGUUUUCAAAGAAGGGUGCCUUAUUGUUAUCCUUGCAGUGUAAUCCAAGUUGCCUUGUUGUUCAUGAUCAACAAACCAUUCACUUGUUCUCUCGUGUUUCGCGGCGAGCCCUUCCCAUGGAUAUCGAGAGAAAAAAACAACAGCUUCUAAGAUCAAGUUUGUGCCUGAAUCUUUGGCCUUCCAUUCAUUUCAUGUCUCCAACAAGUUAGGUACAGGUUCCUAUGACGUUAACUGUAUCUAAAAACGAUAAUACAGUAUGUGCUGAGGCCAGAAGAGCAAACCUUUUCAACAGUUUUUUGGUCAUGUGCCAGUCUUUAAUCAUUGUAUUGUCAAAUAAAAAGAAAUCUUGUCAAACUAACA